AUGCAUACCUCGCUCCUCCUCACGCUCCUCUCUUUCCUAUUGUCGUUGCCGCUCCUGCCCCCUAAUCCCGCUGCACCUGGUACCACAUGGUCACAUUAUACCGUUGCUCAAAACGGGGGCAUCAUAAAGGGAGGCAACGCGAGUGGAGAUAGAGGGAUGGAGGCCGGAUGCGCUGGGGUGCUCUAUUUAUACUGGUUCUGGUUCGGGGAGUGGCGAUCUUGUCUAUGCGGCGGACGAGAUGUACUCCUCCCAGGAUCCUUCUACAGUCUCAAGGCCGCCCUCUCCAUCAAUUCUCCAAGGUCCAACCUCCAGCAUCAGCCCAACAUCAAACGCACAUCAAACCAGAACAUCAGCCUCUCCGCUAUUUUAAAGGGCACAGUCAACGACCCUAUGGAGUCUCCUCCAUCCAGGACGCAUGACUCAUAUCACUGUGCACUUGAGCGACUUCUUGCGGUCUCCCUCGUUCCAAUGACCGUAGCUGCUUUCGUGAUCUCCGGGUUAUCGUACCCCGUCCUUGACGUACUGCUUGGUAUCAGCUUAGUGAUGCACUCUCACAUUGGGACACUGAGAUCAGCGAUGGUUGGCGUGCUCGUUGACGCGGAUCAAUUCAACACAAACAACGUUGACCUGAUGGAACUGAUUGCAAAGGUCUGGACAGAUGCGGGGCGAUCAGUCAAUUGA